AUGGAAAGCAAUCGGACGCUUCAAAAAUUUCCCAGCUUUGAAGAUGACUUUGCAUCCAUUUUUGAAGUCCUUUUGGGGAAGCUAGAGGAGGAGGAAUUGCAAUUGUGUGCAGUGGUUGCCAGACAAAUUUGGCUGCGGAGAAACGUGGUAGUUCACGGGGGUGAGUUUAUACCUCCAAAGAUGGUGAUCCAGCAAGCAAAGGAGCAAAUAAAUAGCUAUGAACUAGCUAUGGCGGUACGGCAACAACCGAGGGGGUCCAUCGAAGUGGCGGAAUCUAGAUGGAGACGACCUCCUGCAGGUUUUGUAAAGCUUAACUGGGAUGCCUCUCUGGAUGUUUCAAUGGCAAAGAUGGGUUUUGGUGUGGUGGCCAGAGAUCAUAUGGGGAAGGUGGUGGCAGCCCUGUGCGAUUCGAGACCGUAUUGUUCUGAACCUGAAGGAGCCGAAACUCUAGCAGCUUGGACGGCAGCUGAAUUCUGUCUACAGUUGGGGCUGGAGAAAGUCUGUCUGGAGGGAGAUGCAAGAGUGGUCGUUCAAGCUAUCCAAUAUGAGGCUAAUAGGGGAGGCAAAUAUGGGCAUGUAAGCCAUGAUAUUGCAGAAAUGUUAGGUGGGCUGCAGGAGUGGCGGGUACAGCAUGUCCCGCGGGAAGGAAAUGGAGCUGCGCACUGUCUAGCAAAAUAUGCUCUGUCUUGUAUGGAGAGAUGUAUUUGGUUAGAUGAUUUUCCCCACUGUAUCAAGGAGGCUAUACUGGCCGACCAAGCCAUUUAUGGAUAA